AUGGCUGGAACAAAUGAUGUUGCGAUAGCUGCUGCGCUGGAAGCAAUGGCUCAAGCUUUGGAACAUCAGCCGAAUGUUGGUGAGAGUGCUGCUUCUCACAACUUGGCUACCUUUCAAAGAGAGAAUCCUUCUGUGUUUAAGGGAACUCAUGAUCUUGAUGGCGCAUUGAUAUGGCUAAAGGAGAUUGAGAGAAUCUUCCAUGUGAUGGAUUGCACUCCUGAUCAGAAGGUUCGAUAUGGGACUCAUAUGCUAGCUGUCGAGGUGGAUGAUUGGUGGCUAGAGACCCGUAGGAGGUUGGAGGCUAGUGGUGAGGAGAUCUCUUGGGUUGUGUUACGCAAGAAGUUCUUAAGGAAGUACUUUCUUGAGGAUGUCCGUGGCAAGAAGGAGAUUGAAUUCCUUGAUCUAAGGCAAGGGAACAAGUCUGAUAUGGAGUAUGCUGCUAAGUUUGACAACAAUGCUCACUAUCGUGUUAUUAAUGAGAAGAGGGGCAAAAGUCAAAAAGGCCGUGGUAAGCCUUAUGAAGCACCGAGUGGGAAGGGUAAGCAGAAAGUUACUGAUGGCAAGAGAACUAUGUUGGAAUUUUAG